GCUCAACAUUCUUCAGCUGCCCUCUUGCUUCUUGUCUUUUGUUGUGAUUUUGAGAGAUUGCAGUGGUUUGGUCCCAAAAAGCACAGCCAAUUACAAAAAUAUUACAUGCUAUUAAAAAAGUAGCUUAUUUAACCCUCGUGGUCAGUCAUCAACCACAAACAUUCAGCAAUAUCAUUUAAUAUAAGAACCAAAAAUAAAAAUGCUGCCCAGUGAACAAUAGCUCCCAACACCAAAGCAAAGUGAACAUAAACUGAUACAUAGUGGCCAUAUAGAGGAGAAAACACGCCUAAUUAACUCUAUAGUCAGAGAAAUUCCUCCUUGGUGUGCUGAAUGUAAAGAUUUUAAAGGUCCUCGACAGCUAAACAGCAAUGUGACAUACUAUGUGAAGGAAGCAGACAAAUAUUUCUAAUAGCUAUUACCUUGACUAGCCUAUAGGUAUUGUCCAUAUUAGUCUUGAUGGUGUGAUGUUGAGUGGCUCUUUUUCUUUCUUAGUUGCAACUCACAAACUCUUUAAUCCACAUAAGCUCAUGAUGCUUCUCUAAAUCCAUCCAAUCUGUUGAGUGUCUAUACUUAACAGCCCUACUCAACAAAUCUGGGUCAAUAGAUGGUAUAGUGAAGCUACACAGUUGCUGUUUGUGCAGAGCAAAAUUACCAGGAGAAGAAUCACAUCAGAUUCUGGUUUAGUAACAGUUAACAUCCUCAUUAUGGAUGGACGAGGUGGAAUAAAACAUAACUGGACGAGAGCUUGAAGAAGUGAGAUGGUUUGAGGAUUUCAUAGAGAAAAUGGAACUCCAAGACCAAUUGAAGAGCGAUUGGCGCCGUUAUUUUUGCGAUCAGCCACCAGUGGAGUUUGACACAAGUGCAAACCAUCAUCUUCUCUGCAGUGAGUUGAAAAGUAGCUCUGUGAGGCUGAAGGGCAACUCAGAUCCAUACUGCAGCAUCUGGACAGACGCUGAGAGUUGUAACAAUCGGUCAUUUGCCAUGGAUGCUAGAAUAAGACUGGACAGUCUGAAGUCAGGGUAUAAUUCACCCUUGCCUUGCUGUCCCAUGGAUGGGAUGUUGUACAACUAUAACAGCCAAAAAGACCUCUGGGACAGUGACGAGUCACAGGAAGAAGAGUCUGCUCUGGACUUGGUAGAGCUGCUUGAUGUAGAGGACGAUGCACAGGAUGAGGAGAGCUGGUUAUAUGAGUCUCCAAAGAAGCAGGAGUUUGUGGAGAGAUCUGAGUCUGCUCUCAGAUGGUGUCGACACGUCCUGGAUAACCCCAGUCCCCAGACGGAGACAGCAUGUCGUUCACUGACAAAUAAGCUGGAUCAAAGUUUAAGACAGGACUUUGUUUCCACCCCUGCCACUGCUUCACCUAGGAGAGGCCAUGAGUCACCAGUGACGUUGCCAUCUUAUUUUGACACCACUGUUGAAAAUAUUGAUGACACCACUCCAGGAAAUAAAACUGAAGUGUCAUCAUCCUCUUGUUGGCAGCCUGGUCUAUUGUCACUGAGCUCUUCCCCUUGCCAGUCUCCAACAUCAGUAGCUAAGCAGGGCUGCCAAAGUCCAAAACUGGCCAGACUUCACCAGCAAGUCGCCCAGUUCAAACUGCUGAAACUCACUCAGAGUCAAGCAACAUCACCAGGCAGGACCAGGUCACCUCUGCGGACUAGCCUCCGCUCCCUCCAGGCUGUUAGGAACAGCCGAAGUUUGGAGAUCAACGACUGCCAACCUGCUUACUCACACAUCACUUACCCACCAUCAGGUGCAUCAUUAGUCAAAAAGGGGGCGAGUUGCUGGUCUCCAUCACUUUCUGCAGCAUCCAUGAACUCCAAUGGCUCGUUGCACUCAGUCAGAGACUCCUCAGUCCGGACGACAGCCAUGGAGAGACUGCAGAGGUCUCAGUCUGUCAGCCCCUGCAGGAUCCCUCACCCUGCUAAGGGAUACCUGUCUGUUAAUGGACGUGUUUUUGCCUCACCUGAGAGGUUGACCACCGCAGGUUGGGCCAGGAAUGUGCCAUCCACUCAAAGGUGAAAGGUGUCACCAGUGAAUCCCUGAUAGUAAUAUAAUAAUGAUGUAGAAUUGAAACAUUUAUGUCAUAUCUUGCAUUAAUUUACUUGUAUGGUUGCCUGCAUAAUCUUAUAAAUAGAUUGUGAAGGAAUUCAUCUCUGUGUUAGAAUCCUUUAUAUUAGGCAUGUUGCUCUGUGAGUUUCCAUCAAAUGAUCUGGGAUCUGAGUCAUCUUCGUCUGCAACAGACUGUAGAUAAAGAUGCCAGAAUGCGUAACUGGCACUGUUGUAAGCAACACCUGACAGAAGCAUCCUGGAGGGCUGGAUCUUAUAUUACCUAAGUCAUCCUGUGCGGUGAAAUGUUAUAUGAGCAAAAAGCUAAAUAAUGUGGACUAUUGUAGAAAAAUGUUGAAGGCAUCAUGUGUCAAAGUCAUAAGAAUGUAGAAAUGUCAGGGGAUCUGUGCCUACAUAAAUUCACCCAUCUAAAAUACCCGUGACAUAAUGAAAGUGGAAAAUAAUGUGCUGCAGCAAUCAGUUUGUGCUGUACCAGUGGUUUUGCAAGCAUGCUGUGAUGCAUGUGCAUGAGCUCAACUAAUUCUUAACAUUGAACAUAAUAUGUUUGGAUAGAGGUGUUGGCACAAUGUGAGGAAUGUAAAGUUUAUCAGUGUAGGUCAUAAACGUGAUUCAUGUAGAUUUGCUUAUUUGAAUGUGGAAGUGGAGUCAAUGUUCACUUUAGUGCAGCUGAUUGUGGAACAGACUGUUUUCUGCAGCGUUGUUACAACAGGAAGUGUGCAGUUCACACAGAAAAGAAAAAUAGAAACAGGAGACUUGCAAAAUAGGAAGCUUGCUCCUUACAAAGAAAUAGAGGUGUAGUUUUGGUGCAGUUUCUUCCUAAAAUGUAUUCAAUGUCAUUCAUUACUUUGACAGUGGCUAAAUUUUGCUGAUGUUUUUGUGUUUCCCUAACUUCUUUUAUUCACUUGAUAUCUAAUGACCCUUCAAUCACCUACUGAAGUGAUUAUUUACAGGGAAAUGCUUUUAGAUGUUUAUAGAAAGUGCAGGUCAAGUAGAUGUUGUAACUUCUCGCAGGGAAGGUACCUUUCUCUUAUUGUGUUCCAGAAUCUGACAUCCAAUGCUGUUUACAUUGCUGUUGUUUUCAACCUCUUUGAUUCAUAGCAAAUCUAUCAAGUCAGUUUCUGUUCAGCUCUCUUUGAUCUGUGCUGAAUGGGAUCCAUUAAUGUGCUCUACAUGUAGCACAAAUUCAAUGUUCAAAGAAUGAAGUCAUUAUACAAAUAUUUAUCAUGGUGAACUGGUGGGUUAUUCUAGUUCAGAUGUGAAGUUGUCUUGUUACCUCUCAUUUCACAAAAAUACUAAAAUGUAGUCAGUCCGGAAUACUUUUGGAACAGAGACAUUUAAUAGUCUGUAUACCGGAUGUACAGUUUGCUGUUGGAGUACCCUCUGCUGUUCAUAAUGUUUAACAUGUUUUACUGAGUAUUGUUUAUGAAUUCAUCCAGUAAAUGCAGCUGAGGUGGUCUGACUGAACUCUAGGCAAGAUCUUCUCCAUAAAUGAUAUCACUGCUUAUAACCGAGUAAAACACUACAGAAAUAUCUACAAAACUGUAACUCUUUUGACAUCUUACACUUAGAAAACACUGUUUACUAUUAGUUUAUAAGACAGUGAUGACAUAAUCAGCACAACAUAAAUAAGCAGUUUGUUCUCGAGAAAAGCACAGGUGCAACUAAUAACAUCAAUGAUGGCUGCAUUAGCAUUAAGGCUGACACAAUUAGUCGACUGCCAACAAAUGAGCUUUUCUCCAAUAAAAUCAUUGUAAAUAUGUUUGGACUGUUUGUCAGACAGAAAAAAUAUCACCUUGGGCUCUGAGAAACUGUAAUGGGAAUUUUUCAGUAUUUUCUGGUUUAAAAUAAUCAUUAGUUCAAGCCUGAGCCUUGUGGUUUGUUACCCCACCUGCACACAAAUAAUCUGUUACAAUUUGCUUUUAUAUGUAAAUAAACAGAGCUUGUCACAGCAGUGGUAUGUGCCUUUUCAUUUCAAUGUAAGAACACAUAUGAACCAGACUAGGGAAAGAAGUAGUUCUGAAAAGGAAGAGAUGGUUACUGUAACUGGCUUUCCUGAUUCUUUCCUACACAUAAGCUUAGCUAAUGAGAAAAUAAUUAACAGAUUAUUAAACAUGUCAAUAUGUGCAACUGUGUAACUGCCUGAAUGCCUCUGAUCCACCCCGAUCACUGAGACAAGAGCAAUUUUGAGUAAGACCACUUCAAUAAACCAAUGAGGUCAAAGCCAUUGGAGAGUUAAGUCUAUUAGAAUACUAAACACAGACUGGGCUCCUGUAAUGAAUGUAAAUUUCAACCGAGGAAGAGGAAAAUGAUUAGUGGUCUCUAACUGCCGCUCAAUGUUUGUCGUUAGUAAUAUAUGAUUUGAUGGGUUUUUUUUGUUUUGUUUUUUUUACAGAAGGAGCUUCAGUAUGUUUAUUCUAUUUUUUAAUUAGUCAGUUGGGCAGAAACAACAGAGUUGCUGAGCUAUUUAUGAGCGCAAAGAUAUGGAUGAGUUAGAACUGUACAAAACAACUGAACA